AUGACCAAUCUAGCACCUAUCCAACAAAAUAAUUUUGAAUUCCCAUUCGCUAAAAGGUGGUAUUCGCUUGGAAUGAAUUAUGACAACUGUCCACAUUACAGUAUCACGCAGUACAGAAAUCCUAUUGAUCACUUGGGUCAAGAUGAUUUCAUUUGGCGGCCGUAUCUUGGUCUAGAAGCCUUUCAUGAAGUUGAACGACAAGACUCUGCGGUGUGGAGUGCAAAGGUGCCGAUUAUGAACUUCACCACCGUGGAAAUGCACAACAGUGAUCGUGUGAAACUUCAAUUUGGAAUGCUUCAAGCUAUUACAUGUCCGCCAAAGUGCAUCCCCGACAAAUAUCACACCGGUAAAGUCUCCGACCAAUGGGAAUAUAAUCCGUGGACCAAGUAUGCAAAACAUGAGUGUCGUGAAUGGAGGCAUCGCAACAACUAUGUUUUGUCCGACAUUGUGUUUCCAUACGAGAUGAAACAAUCAAUAUAA